AAAAUAGAGAUCUUAAAUGUAUCCCUUUGAACAGCGCCACCACCGCCACGACGCUGCCUCCUGGCCUCAUGCACUCUGCUCCUCCGUUCUCUCCCUUCAACUCCCUUACACCUGCCGCCGGCUCUUUCUCUCUCCUCUCCAUUAUCCAGGAUAGACAAGCGCCUUCUUUUGCCUACCGUCGGUUCUGCUAUAACGACAAGCAAUAGGAGGCGACACUGACACCUCAUGUCGUAAACAUAGUGAUGGACUGAGACGAAUAAGUGGUUCAUGAGUAUUUGAUUUUGUUUUGGUGCCUGGAUUUUUAACGUCAAUGUACUCAAGAACAGUAGCAAGUUUUCAACACGUAUUGCAUAAACAGAGCCAGAGGCGAAAAUAUACCUGGGGCAAUGGGUACUGAUACAGGUUGUCAAGAUCAAAGAAAACGAACUCAGGAGGCAUUGGAGAGACGGUUUGCUGUAGCUAAAGCUGAGCUGCUUCAGCAACAAAAGAAAAGCCAAACACAGAGACCCAAUGAUGAACAUAGAAAAGAAAAUUAUAAGAUUACUAACCCUCUUUCUGUUGCAUCUCCUGCAAAUCUUCCAGCUGCUCCAGUCACUCCCUCAGUGAAUAGUUCAUCCAAAAAAGAUAUGGAGGAAAAUGGUCCAGCAUAUUCACUGCUCUCUCAUCCUGUACACGAGAACCUACUGAGAACGAAUGUCAAGUUUCAAAGUAACAGGGGAAGCAUGGUGGACAUGAUCUUACAUGAACUUCUUCAACAUGGUGACUCUGCUCAAAAGUACAUGCAAGGAUCGAAAAGCAAAAAACUCGAUAAUUGGAUCCUGCUCGAUAAUUAUGUACAAGGGCGUGGCAAACCCACCAGUUCUCAUAUUAGGGCUUUGCAAGCCCACUCAAAGCGCUCUAAAAGGCACAUGUCUAUGAAGCAACAUAAAAAAUGUGGAUCAUUUGAUUUGCCGCAAGAUCUCCAAAAGUUUGAUGCUUUUAAGCCAAUGCAUGAAAUGUGGAAAGCUUACAUGGCACAGCUUCUAAAAAAUACUGGGAGAAAUCAGUUGGCUCAAUGUCUUAUUGGAGCAGAUCUACAUGGUGCUAAUAUUCUAGUUGCUGAGAGUAAGAUAGCAUCUUUCACAGGAGUUAGUGGUAUAAUGAUUCGCGAAACAGUGGAGACUUUUGGAAUAAUUACACAAGAUAAUAAAUUCCAGGUUGUGCCGAAAAGAUUUUCCAUUUUUAUGUUCCAAGUUGAUUGUUGGAAGAUUACAUUGCAAGGGGAUAAACUCACCUCAAGAAAAUUGGGUUUGUGAUCAUCAUCAAAUAGGUGGAUGCUAACAUAUGGUACUUGUGGAUAGUGAAGAAAUUGGAUUCAACACAGCAACCGAAUUAUGUUUGCUUCAAAGAUUUUGGUAUCCCUACUGGUCAGGGAUGAGUUUACUAUCUUUUCUUAAUUAGCUUCAGGAAUACUUGAAGAUUAUCAAUUUUCAGUGGUAGACUUGUUUCGUUAACUCGUCCCAACUUUAUGCUCUCUAUUACUGGUUGGUUCUUAUGAUGUUCGUUUGCUGUUCAUAAAUGUAUCAUAUGUGUUCAUUUGCCACA